AUGUCCGCUAACAUCGAACCGCAGACAACAGCUAAAUGCAUACUGUACACUACAAAGGGAAACAUUGCCGUUGAAUUGUGGGCUAAAGAAUGCCCCCAGACUAGUAGGCGAUUUUUAACAAAGCUGUCAGAUGGUACCUACGUCAAUGGGAAAUUUAGUGAAUUGAAACCAAAUCAACUCCUAAGGUUUAGUACAGAUGGUACUGCUGAGAAGUGCGCAGUCGCGCAAGAGAGAAAUCCGCGGAUAAGGUUCAGUAAAGAUGGGCUAUUUGGAUGGGAUAGGCAAAGAGAUACGUGGUUUAUAACUGUACAGGCAGAUUCCAAACAUGUCUUGAACGAUUGUAACGUAUUUGGAAAAAUCGUCGGUAAAUCUAUCUACGCCUUCAGAGAGAUAUUGAGUGGUGAGAUCGAAACCACCACUCAAAACGAUGAGGUUAAGCAAUUUAUGUACCCUGCAGUUUUAAAAAGUUCUGAAAUUACUAUACCGUAUUUUAAGGAUAUCUCUCUUUCAAAAAGAGGACAUGAUAAUGAUGAGGAAAUACGACAACAGCCAAAGAGGAAGCUUCAGAGAUCAUCGAAAGUAAAGAUGGUAUAUGAAGAUGAAGAUGACGAUGAUGGUGAUGAUGACAUUAAAGAUGACGUCUUUGAGAAUAAGCCAACCAAGAGAAUGGUUCUUCCUGCAUGGAUCAAGGAUAACCAAAGCGUUCAACCUAAGCCCGACGUGUCCGUAGAUCAGCCACAACACCCCUCAUCAGACACUGAACCGGUAGAGCUGCAUGAUCAAGCCGACCCACCAACUAAAGACCCAGAGGAAGUCGAAGAAAAGGUGAUCGAUAAAAGAGAGCAAGAAACGUUGGAUAUGUUAGCCAAAUUCCAACAGCAAAUAAAAAACAAAAAGAUUCUCAAAUGA